AUGUCGAGCGGGAUGUACCAAUUGGAAGAAAGAGCUGCAGCUCCAACAGUAACAAUUGCAUCACCAGCAGCUACAAUCAUUGGAGGUGCUGGCGUAACUGUCGAAACCUUUGCUGGUAUUCCAUUUGCCAAACCUCCCAUUGGUGCACUUCGACUUAAACCACCUCAACCCAUCACCUCUGCGUUGGGCACAGUCAAAGCAACAGCCCAAGCAGCUUCUUGUCCUCAAUUCUUCUUUAGUACUACUAUUAACGAUGCAAUUCCUACAUCAGCACUAGGCCUUCUCCUUAAUACACCAGUCUUCCAAGAAGUUCUCAAUGCUGGAGAAGAUUGUCUGUAUCUGAAUAUUCAAAGAACCAGUUGGUACAACCGCUUCAUCUCAAUUACCAGUCUUGUUUUGGAUUUUUGGAGGAGGAUUCGAAUUGGGAGGAACAGGGAUGUACGAUGGAUCUUCAUGGGUAGCCGAAGUAUUGCGGAGGGCAAACCGAUUAUUUUCGUCCAAGUGGCAUAUAGGGUCGGUGGAUUUGGAUUUUUGCCUGGAGCGGAGAUUUUGGCGGAUGGUAGUGCGAAUUUGGGAUUGUUGGAUCAGAGAUUGGGAUUGCAAUGGGUGGCUGAUAAUAUUGCUUCAUUCGGUGGUGAUCCAUCUAAGGUAACUAUCUGGGGAGAAUCAGCUGGUGCAAUCUCAGUCUUUGAUCAAAUGGCUUUAUAUGGAGGUGACAACACAUACAAGGGCAAAUCAUUAUUCCGCGGAGCAAUUAUGAAUUCAGGAACCUCAGCAGGAUGUUCAGCUGCAGCCGAUACUCUAACUUGCUUACGAGGCGUGCCCUAUUCCACACUUCUCAAUGCUACAAACUCUGUUCCUGGCCUCCUUAGUUACUCGUCUAUCGCACUAUCAUAUCUUCCUCGUCCAGACGGUACCGCUCUCACCAAAUCCCCCGACCUUCUCCUCGCGUCAGGAAACUGGGCAAAGGUCCCUUUUAUAAUUGGCGACCAAGAGGAUGAAGGAACAAUCUUUGCUCUUUUCCAGAGUAACAUCUCCACAACCGCUCAACUUACAACCUAUUUCUCCGAUUUCUUUUUCCAUAACGCACCUACCUCCGUUAUCACCGGGCUUCUCAACACAUACCCCAAUGACUUGAUUUCUGCCGCCAUCCUCGGAGAUCUCACGUUCACUCUCACUCGUCGUGUAUUUCUUCAAACCGCACUGAAAGUCGCACCAACUGUUCCCUCCUGGUCUUAUCUCUCAUCCUAUGAUUACGGAACCCCUGUUCUCGGCACCUUCCACGGCUCAGAUAUUUUACAGGUCUACAACGGUAUCAACCCAAAUUAUGCGGCUAGUGCUAGUAAAGCAUAUUAUUUGAGUUUUGUAAAUACUUUGAACCCAAACAAUGGGACGAGUAGUGCAUAUGCGAAUUGGCCGCAAUAUAGCAAUGGAGCAAAGUUGCUAAAUUUGUAUGCGACUUUCGGGGGAUUCAUAAGUGAUAAUUUCAGGAGUACGAGCUUUGAUUAUAUAGUGGCUAAUUUGCCGAGCUUUUAUAUUUGA